UCCUUCCUUUCUCAAAUUCCCAACAUGGCUGCGCUCAGGAGCGGGGUCACUCCAUGUUCUCUCGCAAGAAAUUUACUGAGAAAUACAGAUAGAACCGGCAGUAGUGCGCAGCGGUUAAUAUCCAGGCAGAGCUCGACGUUGCCCCAGAAAACACCGCAUCGUCCCGUCAGAGCCGUCAGGGGUUAUAUCACCUGUGCCUCCCUGAGUCGGCAUCACAAUGGACACUUAUUUAUCAACUCCGUAUCUAUCAGGCAUAAUAGCUCACAGACAGUGGCUGAAGCUGUCACCUCAUCUGGCACCACCUCGGACGUGCCACCUCCUGCCCCAGACCCCAGCCCCCUAUCAAGCCCCCUGCUCACACAGCCGCCAGUAGAGCAGGUCUCAGAGGUGUCUCCGGUGGCCGUAGAUGUGCUGCAGGGCAUGGAGCCGGAGCUCAGCCUAUUAGAGCUCGGCCUGGGGGGAUACACCCCCGUGGGAGUGAUUCAGAAUAUCCUGGAGUGCAUGCAUGUAGACAUGGGCAUGCCGUGGUGGGCUGCAAUUGUAGCAGGCACAGUACUGGCCAGGUGCGCGGUGUUCCCAGUGAUCGUCAAGGGCCAGAGAGAAGCAGCUAAGCUCAACAACGUACUGCCUGAGAUGACCAAGCUCAGUAACCACAUGAACGAGGCCAAGAGGAGUGGAAACAAGUUUGAGUUCUCAAAGGCCUACUCAGAGAUGAUGUUCUUCCAGAAGAAGCAUGACGUUAAUCCCCUCCGUGGGUUCCUAGUUCCUCUGGUGCAAGCACCCAUCUUUGUCUCCUUCUUCAUUGCCCUCAGGAAGAUGUCAUACCUGCCAGUUCCCAGCAUGCAAACUGGCGGACUGUGGUGGUUCUCUGACCUCACUGCUGCUGACCCCUUCUAUAUUCUUCCGCUGGCAGUGACAGGAACAAUGUUUGCCAUUCUUGAGCUGGGGGCCGAAUCAGGUAUUGAUAACCCCAACCUGCGUGCGAUGAAGACCGUGUUCAGGAUCAUGCCCUUUGUCAUCCUGCCGCUCACCAUCAACUUCCCCACGGCAGUAUUCACCUACUGGAUGACCUCUAACCUCUUCUCACUGGGCCAGGUGGCCUUGCUUAGACACCCAGCAGUCCGACAGAAGCUGGGGAUUCCCGAUCGCAUCAAGCACCCUCAAUCUGCACUGCCACAGAAUGAAGGCUUCAUCAAGAGCAUAAAGUCAGGCUGGAAGAAUGCUCAGCUGGCCCACCAGCUGGACGAAAGAGAGAAACGUAUAAAGAACCACCUGGAUUUAGCAGCCAAAGGCCCCCUGAGACAGACUUUCACACAAAAUCCUUUGCAGCAAACAGCAGCGUCAGGCGCAGCACUAAAAGCAGCCAAUCCCAAGUCACAGACAGAGACAGCAAGCUUGAAGAAGAGGCCCUGGGAGGAGACCAUUGGAUAAGGGAAGAACCAGGCGCUUCAGUGCUCCAUGAAGAUGUAAAUGUGCAUAUAGGUCGAGAACGUGAGGAAGAUGGAAUAAUAAAAGCAAUUACGUUUAAAAGAU